AUGGCGCCAUGCCUUGACACAAGAAGUAUGGCAGACAUGACCAGCCUGCAGACUUCUCGUUUCGAUGCCCUCCACUACUCACCGGACCCAAUCACCACGUCACUGUUGAAGCUGCACAGUGAAGAAUCCACUGCGCAUGCCACAGAGAUGUUCUGUGCCAUCCUAAAGUACAUGGCUAUUGGAGUGGAGCACCUGCCAGGGGACCAGCAAGUGGAGAUCUUGGAGGGCUUGCUGCAUGAGGGACUCACAUCCACAGAGCUACGGGACGAGCUGUACAUGCAACUGAUAAGGCAGACACGAAGGAACCCCACAGUGGAAGGCAGGCGCAGAGUAUGGGAGUUGUUCAGUAUCGUGGCCUCAACCAUGCCACCAUCAAAGGAAUUUGUGGGCCUUGUCUCUGAGCAUGUUCAUGUCCAUUCCACCCAACGGCAUGAAGAUGCUGCUGUCAGCGAACUGAUGUUCAGGACACUGAAUGCAUUGAAGCGAACAACAAAGACCGGCGCACGAACAAAGAGACCGUCAUCUGAGGAGAUCGAGGCCCAUCUGGCAGGCCAGACCCUCAGCUGUGUGGUCUUUCUGCUGGACGACACCUUUGAGGAGCUGGAAUUCACUAUGAAUACAACGGUGCAGGAAGCCCUAGACCAGCUGUCUGCAUCACUGAAACUCCCUGCCACUGCUGAUUUUAGCCUGUUUGAGUGCCGACGGCUGCCCAAGGGCCAGCACAGGCAGCCUGAUGUGCAGCAUCGAUUGUUAGACAGUGACUGGUAUGUGGCUGACGUUCUGCACAGCUUUGGGGAGGCCAAGUCAAGGGAGGGAGCCCACAGCAAGCUGCUCAUGAAGAAGAGGAUCUUCAGGAAAGCCGAUGAGGGCAUCAUGGAGCCAAGGUUUGUCCAUCUCAUGUACAUCCAGAUGCAGUAUGAGUAUCUCCUUGGCAACUACCCUGUGGCUGUCGAGGAUGCAGCCCAGCUGUGUGCCCUUCAAAUUCAGGCCGAAGGCGACACCAGGGCACAGAAGGAGACAGACAUCGCACAGGCCAUCGACCUCUACAUCCCCAAACAGGUAUUCUCAAAAUGCUCAAAGCAGUACUGGUAUCGUGAAGUCCGGCAGAGACAUGAAGCACUGAGCCAAUUUUCAAAAGAUGACGCCAGGCUGCAAUUUCAUCGUUCUUUGGGGCAACUGACAUAUGGAAACUCAGCUUUCUUUCCUGUGCUGCGCCUGGAGGACCCCAUGGGUACACUUCCCCUCAAACUAGUUAUUUCUGUCAACAAACAUGGGAUCCAUUUCUUCCGACGCUCUCCCAGAGAUCACCUCCACUCUGCAGAACUGUCAGAGAUUGUUGAGUUUGGUGCCAGCAGCCAGGCCGUGUUUUUCAAGGUCAAGCUGGCUGGCAUGUUGUGCCUCUUCCAUUUUGAAACGGCCCAAGGAGAAGACAUCUGCUGUGCUCUUCAGACACAUAUCAAUGACCGGAUGUUAGCGAUUUAUGCAAAGGCGGCAAGAGCAGCGGAGACACAGAAAGCACGGGAAGGUCAUGCGCAGCUGAAACAGCAGAUCGCUCAGUUGAAGAAGGAACUUGAUGAGAGGAACGAACAAAUCGAGCACCUGCAAAGGCAUGAGAAAGAGCUCUUGGAGGUCAUUCGAACUUUAAAGGCUGAGAAUGCUGGAGAGUGCAAGGCCACACCAGACCAGUUGAAGGCUGCAGUACCACCGUUGACGAUGCUGGCAGUGUCCAAUACAAGCCAAGACUCAGCUAUAAAUGCGGUAGCGAAGGAUUCUGUCAUGAUUGGGGCAGAAACACCACGGAAUCAGAUGAUCAAAUCGGAUAGGUCGAACAGAGCGGCAAAGAAUUCUGCAAGUGGCCGCAAGUCCACUGGACGUCGCAGGCAGCAGGCUUUGGAGGAGGAUGCCAAGGAAAACACACCAGUCAAAGCAAACGAACAAAGAAGGACACCAUUGCAGCCUGUGCAGCAAGCGGUUCACAUAGAGAAUUGGGACAGCGAUGGGAAUCCCAUCAGUGGUCAAGCAGGCGCAGCUGGUCAGGUAUUGUGCGGGGUCAAGUGCAAUGCAGGUCACACAUAUGUAUUGUAG